AUGAUGAUAAGGUUUGAAACAAAGAAACAAGUUGUAUGGAUAUACUACUUAUGGGUGUGGUGGUGGAGUACUAGUGUUUGUGUUAAAGCAGGGAAUGAUAGUUUGAUGGCAGGUGAAAGACUGAAUGCCACCUCCACUCUAUGUUCUAAGCAUGGCAGGUAUUGUCUAUCAUUCUUUUCAUUCGAUACCGGAAAUAAAAAUAUUUACUUGGCUAUAGAAAAUAGAGCUAGUGUUGAUCAAGGAAUAAUAUGGACGUAUGAUAGUAACCAACCAAUUGAUCGUAGUUCAGCGGUUUUAUCUCUCAACUACUCCGGUGUGCUCAAAAUUGAAUCUCAAUAUAGCAAAGAAAUAAUCAUUUACUCUUCAUCUCAAACUAUACACAAUACUGUGGCUACUAUGCUAGACACAGGUAACUUUGUACUUGAACAACUUCACCCCAAUGGAACAAAGAGUUUAUUGUGGCAGAGUUUUGAUUAUCCAUUUAAAGCUUUGGUCCCAAAGAUGAAGUUAGGUGUUAAUCGGAAAACUGGACAUAAUUGGUCAUUAGUUUCGUGGUUGACUCCUUCGCUACCAAAUUUGGGUGAGUUUAGUCUUGAAUGGGAACCAAAAGAAGGAGAAUUGAACAUUAAGAGAAACGGAAAAGUGUAUUGGAAAAGCGGAAAACUUGGAAAUAAUGGAUUGUUUGAGGAUAUUCCAGCAAAUGUUCAACAAAAGUAUCAAUACAUUUUUAUCUCUAAUAAGGAUGAAGAUUCUUUCAGUUUCGAAAUUAAAGACCAGAAUUAUAACAUGACCCCAACGUGGUUGCUAUCCUCUACGGGGAGGCUGACGAGUUCGGAAGGAGAGUUAGGAAAUGCAGAUAUUUGUUAUGGAUAUAAUAGUGAUAGUGGAUGCCAAAAAUGGGAGGAUAUACCAACUUGUAGGAAACCUGGUGAGGUGUUUCAGAUAAAGAUAGGCCUACCCAACACUGUCAAUUUUACCUUCUUCGACAAUACGAAUAUUGGUUACAUUGAUUGCAAGGUAAGUUGUUGGAGAAACUGCGGUUGCAAUGGAUUCCAAGAAUUUUUUGAUGAUGGAACUGGAUGUAUAUUUUAUUCAUGGAAUUCUACACAAGAUGUUGAUUGGAAGAGUGUGAAUAACUUUUACAUGUUGGAAAUGCCAACAAAGUCAGACCCAAAUCACUAUGGUAAAAGAAGGUGGAUAUGGAUUAGUGCAGCAAUAGCAGCUGCUUUACUCAUAAUAGGCUCACUCAUUCUAUGGAUAGCAAUAAAGAAACACAAAUAUGGACUUAAAGAGAAGAAAGUUAAAAGAAAGGAGAAUGAGAUGCAAGAGUUAGCCACUUCCAAUGAAUUAUAUAAUAUCAAAGAUCUUGAAGAUGAUUUCAAGGGACAUGAUAUAAAAGUUUUUAGCUAUGCAUCCAUUUUGGAAGCAACCAUGGACUUUUCCCCUGAAAACAAGUUAGGACAGGGAGGAUAUGGACCCGUUUAUAAGGGAAUCUUGGCAACCGGGCAAGAGGUUGCUGUAAAAAGACUUUCAAAAACAUCUGGACAAGGAAUUAUUGAAUUCAAAAAUGAGUUGGUGCUAAUAUGUGAACUUCAACAUAAAAAUCUUGUAAAACUACUUGGUUGUUGUAUUCACGAAGAAGAAAGGAUUUUAAUUUACGAAUAUAUGCCAAACAAAAGCCUGGAUUUCUAUCUAUUUGAUUCUACAAAAAGGAAGUUACUCGAUUGGAAGAAGCGCUUCAACAUUAUAGAAGGAAUUUCUCAGGCAUUGCUCUAUCUUCAUAAAUACUCAAGAUUAAAAAUCAUUCAUAGAGACUUGAAAGCUAGCAACAUACUUCUUGAUGACAAUAUGGAUCCAAAAAUUUCUGAUUUUGGCAUGGCAAGAAUGUUCACACAACAGGAAUCCACAGUAAAUACAAACAGGAUUGUCGGAACAUAUGGAUAUAUGUCUCCAGAAUAUGCGAUGGAAGGAAUUUGUUCUACAAAGUCGGAUGUCUAUAGCUUUGGUGUGUUGCUACUUGAAAUUGUUUGUGGAAGAAAAAACAAUAGCUUCUAUGAUGACGAUCGUCCACUAAACCUAGUAGGAUAUGCUUGGGAACUAUGGAAUGAUGGUGAGUAUAUGCAGUUACUGGAUCCGUCAUUAAGUGACUCAUUUGUUUCUGAUGAAGUGAAAAGGUGCAUUCAUGUUGGUCUCUUAUGUGUAGAACAUUAUGCAAAUGAUAGACCUACAAUGUCUGAUGUUAUAUCAAUGUUGACAAACAACUAUGAACUUGUGACUUUACCAACAAGACCAGCAUUCUAUAUUAGAAGAAAGAUCACCGAGGAGGAGACAACUUUGAAAGUUCUGGUUAGUGACACCUAUUCAACAACUACAAUUUCCUCCUCCGAAAUAAAAAGGCAAUAA